AUGCUGAUCAUUUUCAUUUUAGUAGCAACUACACUUCAACUCAACACCACUCUAUUUGUCGAUACGUCUGGGAUCAAAGAAGUGAAAGUUUUGUUGAAUGCAGAAUAAUAGAUUUAUUACUAGCAAUUUGAUGAUUAUGGCAAAAUAUUAUCAGUCAAUUUUACAGGAAAUGACAUAUCUAAGACAUUUUGUUAACCUUUUUAUUAAGGAGUUUCUCUAACAAUAUCUCCUGAAGGAUUGGUGCCAUUGGUGACUCAACAAGUUAAGAAGAGUUUGGAUGACCUCUCCGAGGAGGAUUUGUUUGUAGGAUACCGAGAAAAAUUGAUUUCAAUAGCUAACAGUCCUGAUGGAAUUUGUGUAUUGACUUCAAAAGGAAAUGUCUAUUUGAUUCAAUCAAAUGGCAACAACCCCAUUAAUAUAAAAAAUUAAACUCUACCUUAUAUUACUCUCAAUCAAGAAUCAGGAACAUUAAUUUAUGAUGAGAAAUCAAGAUAUUUUUUUGCUUUCUUCAAAGAUCAUUUAAUAAAAUUUUAGUUUCAAUAAGAAUAAUUGGAUGCCUCUUUAAUCUCUGAAUGGAUUUCUCCAUAAAAAAAAAUGAGACUUGUAGCUAGCAAUGGCUGGCUUUAUUGUGCUUAAGAAGAAGACGGUUUGUUAAUCUAUUAGAUAUCGCAUAAUCAUGUAAAACACGUUAAAACUAUAAAAUCAAUUGACUUAUACAAUAAAACUUUAGAAAAUCUCUAAAUUGUUGACAUUGCAGUUUUUGAAGAUAAACUUUACAUAUUAGAUGCUAAAAAUGGAGUAUCCCUAUUUAACAUAUAUUUCAAUGGCACUUUUACAAAAAAUGAUAAAUUUGGAACUAUUAACCUUUAAGACUGUCAUUCCAUUUCUGCAAAGGACACAACUUUGAUUGUACUUCAAAACUUCAAAUCAAGUUAUUAAGUUGUUGAAUUUUAUGUAAAAAAUGACGAAUGGAUACAAAUCAGAAAAUAUGUUACGAAGAGCAAGUUACAAAGGGCUGACAUUAUUGAUGAUAAUUUAGUUAUAAUAAGAGGAUUGCAUGAUCAUAAGAUCUUACUCACAAGAAUGCCAGAUAAAUAUUUAGAUAAAUAAAAUCAUUAAUUGGAAAACUAUUUUUUUAGUGGCAAUUUGCUUGGAGUUGAAACAUCUGGGGAUAGCAAUGAUACUCUCAUUGCUGUGUCUCCUCAUGGAUUUUAUAAGUUCUCCUAUUAUUAUUAUCCUACUUACAUGAUAUGUAAUAGCAAUAAUGCUAAAUCAGGACGCUACUAAUCAAAUAUGAUAUUGAAAAGCACAAACUGUUCAAAGAAAAUAGAAACAUAAGAAGAUUUGCUUUAUUGUUGGACUGAUUUUCAUUAUACUUUUGAAGUAAGGAGACCCCUAUUCUCUGCCGAAGAGUAAUAGAAUUAUACUAUUUUUGUGAUAAUACUUGGCGUUGUUUGUGUUGUAAUGUUAUCCAUGAUAGGAUACUGUUAUUCCAAAUAACAGAAACGGUUAAAAUAAUUAAUGGAAAUAGAAAAAAGAAAUAAAGCAAAUAAGGCCUAAUAAUUAAAAUGA